UCAAAAACAUACAAAAAGAGUUCUUCGGGAUCAAUUCAUGAAGUUACCACCGAUAGUAUUAGUAUUUAAGUCCUAGAACCCAGGACUUAAAAAUGGAUGAAGUUCAGGUGAAGCAGGAGCUGGAGUCAGACGACGACUACGACUGUCAAAUGGUGGAGGAGAUCAAAAUUAAGGCGGAACCACUAAUGGAGGAGGAACUCCCGCCGGACGAGGACUUUCCGAUGGAGGAGAUGUAUGUUAAAGUGGAGCCCUCCAUGCUGGAUAAAGUUAAGGAAGAUCCGGAGAUCAGGACACCGAAAUGUUGCAUUCCCACCUGUGGUCAGCAGGAAAGCGAACAAAUUCGACUCUUUCGCUUUCCCAGCCAGGAAAAUAUGCUCAUCCAGUGGCUAGUGAACACCGAUAUGAAGCCUCGCCUGGCUAAUCCCCUAGAGCUUUUCGUGUGUCAGUUUCACUUUGAACCCGAAGCCUUUAAGCGGAAUGAGCUCUUCGAUUGGGCGGUGCCCACUUUAUUACUCGGCCAUGCAGGAUUCGUGAUUCCACUUUCGAAACAACCCUCUAAGGAAGUGAUGAAGCACAUCCGCAGGGAGUACUGCUCCGUGCUCAGUUGCUUCCGGGCCAAGGACGAAGGAUACCGGCUGUAUGAGUACCCAAAGGACGAGGCCAGCCGUCGCAGGUGGUCACGACGGUGCAGUCAUAAUCCUGUCCUGGUUGCCAGGCAAGGAUUUCGCUUGUGCCGUUCGCACUUCGCCACGGACUCUUUUGAUCCGGAGACUUGCGACUUGUUUGCGGGAUCCUUGCCCUCCAGGGAGCUAUUCACUUGCCUUGUGCCUGGCUGUGCGCAGGAUGCAGCUGCUCCUGUGGGCUACUACAAAGUUCCUGUAACUAGCACUCUACUAAAUGCCUGGAGCAACAACCUAUUGAUUGACCAACGAGAUCUCCAUCGUGAUGACCUCCGCGUUUGCGGCCGUCACUUCGAGGACUACUGCUUCACGAAUGACAACAAACUUCGUCCUGGUUCGCUGCCCACUCUCUUCCUGAAUCAUGGCCAGGAAAUCCAGCCAAAUCCGGGAAGUAUAAAAUUAGAGUUUCAAAAGAUCGCUUGCAUAGUGCCCGGCUGUGGACGCAUCCGGCAGCCUGGAGAGAAACCGUUUUCCCCGUUUCCCAGACUGCCAGUUCUGGUCAAGAAGUGGCUACACAACUUUCGACUGGACGCCACCUGCGAUGCGGUGGAAGGAAUGAUGGUCUGCGAUGAGCACUUCGAGGAGUCCUGUUUAAAAAAGAGUUCAGGACCAAAUCGAGUGCGUUUGGGAGCCAUGCCGACCUUGAAACUGGGUCAUUCCCAUCGUGAUCUCUACCUGACCAAUAUGAAUCUUCUGGGGAAAUCAUCAUGGGCUUUUUGGAGAAUUGGAACAACCAGAUUGGAUUGCUGCUAUCCGAACUGCGUAGAGCAGCAUAAAAUCAAUUGCUACAAUCUGCCAAAGAUGGAUAGUCUUCGCAAAGCGUGGCUGAACCACAUGAACAUUGAACUGCCUCCGGCCGACUCAUCCUCGGAUGAACCACAGCUCUGCCCGCUGCACUUCAUCCUUCUGUACGAGCACAGUGCCGAAAACUUUGCCGAUCACUCGUCCGACGCCUCUCUGGACGAUAGCUACAAGGAUGCCCGAAGCAAGAAACGAAUGCAGGUCCUCAGGUGUGCCAUCAAGGGAUGCAAUACCUUCCUGCCCAGAGACGGAGGCAUCCUGCAUUGUAUGAAGACCAUCAAGGAAAUCGAGCAGAUGUGGGUGGAAAACGGGCAGAUGGAGUUGAAUGAGAAGAAAGAAUACAAUCGGGUGUGUAGCAAGCACUUUGAACCGCAAUGCUUCCAGGGUCAACGACUCCUCGAGUGGAGUGUGCCCACCCUGCACCUUCCAGGCGAGGCAGUGCAUCAAAAUGUCACCAGGGAGCAGUACAAGAUUUACAACGAGGCGGCGAAGCUGAAUGAUUGGGAAGACGAGGAGGAUGUUGAUUACUCCGAUUUAAAUCCCCUUGCUGGGAAAUCCAUAGAUGAGCCCAAGGAUCAAGGACAGCGGAAGAAGUACAGUACCAAUCGCUGCGCUGUUCCGCGUUGUAAUAAGACUUUCAAGGACGUAACCCGAACUUUCCGCCUGCACAAGCUCCCCGAUUCCGAGGAAGCAGCCAAAAAGUGGCUACACAACACCCAGGUGCAGAUGGCCAGGGAGUACUGGCCCAGCUUUCGCAUCUGCAGCCGCCACUUCGACGAGGAUUGCUUCCAAGGAUCGAGGGUGCGGAAGGGAGCCAUGCCCACGCGUCGCAUGGCAAGUGUCCUGCUGGGAUCGAUGUACGAAAGUGUGUGGAAAGCCAAGAAACGCAAACGUUCCUCCCGUUUUCAAAGGACUAAAAAGAAAUAAGUUAUAUCACUUUAUAUGUGGGUAAUUUAAAGUAAAAGAAUUUGAUUACUGUGUAAGCUAAUAAUUCCACAUUAUUAAGGCUACAAUAAUCUUUAUUGUUAUUAAGGUAAUAGGAAUUUCUUUAUAGCAUAUAUAACUCUAAUAAUUCCAUAUUAUUGAGGCUAAAUAAAGUAAAACCAAUAAAUAAUGUUUUAAAACAUUGGCGAUUGAAACAUUUUUGAGAAUUUUUAAAAUACACAUCCAAAUGGCUAAUAGACUCCA